CCUACCCGUGAUGAUUCCACCAUCUGCAACAACCCCUGUCAGUGAUGCUGCACUCUUGCCAAGUGUGGCUUCUCAGGAAAUCUGGAGGUCACAAGUUCCAGGCUAUUCUGGAUUGGUCACACGGCACAUAAGUCAUCGGGCCAACAACUUCAAGAGACAUCCGAAAAGGAGAAAACACAUCCGCCCUUCCCCACCGCCACCACCAAAUACUCCAUGUCCUAUUGAUUUGAGUGACUUUGGGGAUCUCCAGCCUCAGAGGUCUUUCCUAGAACUCCUGUUUAAUGGGUGCAUUCUCUUUGGGCUCGAGUUCAGCUAUGCCAUGGAAACAGCCUAUGUUACCCCCGUGCUGCUUCAGAUGGGGCUUCCAGACCAACUGUAUGGAAUGGUGUGGUUCAUCAGCCCUAUAUUAGGGUUCUUGCUACAGCCUUUGCUGGGAGCCUGGAGUGACAGAUGCACAUCAAGAUUCGGGAGGAGAAGACCUUUCAUUCUGGUCUUAGCAGUAGGAGCGUUGCUUGGGCUCUCGCUUAUGCUGAAUGGCAAAGACCUAGGGAGUGCCUUGUCUGACACUGCGAAUAACCACAAAUGGGGAAUCAUUCUUACAGUCUGUGGUGUUGUCCUCAUGGACUUCAGCGCAGAUUCAGCAGACAAUCCCAGUCAUGCCUACAUGAUGGAUGUAUGCAGCCCAGAGGAUCAAGACAGGGGUCUCAACAUCCACGCUUUGUUAGCAGGUCUUGGAGGUGGCUUUGGUUAUGUUGUUGGAGGAAUACACUGGGAUAAAACCAGUUUUGGAAAAGCUGUGGGAGGGCAACUUCGUGUCAUCUAUGUCUUCACCUCAGUUAUACUGACUAUCACUACUGUGCUGACUCUAAUUAGCAUUCCAGAAAGACCCUUAAGGUCCUCUAGCAGGAAGAAAAAGGUGAUGAAGAGUCCAAGUCUUCCUCUCCCUCCUUCUCCACCUCUUUUCUUUGAGGAGGGUGUAAAUGAAAACCUUGCUUCUCAUAACUCAGCUCACUUAUAUGCAAGUUUUACGAGUCCCGUUUCCCCCCUCAGCCCACUCACGCCCAAAUAUGGCAGUUUUGUCAGCAGAGACAAUUCCUUGACGGGAAUUAACGAGUUUGCAUCAUCAUUUGGGACUUCAAAUAUUGAUAGCGUGCUUAUAGACUGUUUUACAGGCGGGCACAAUAGUUACUUAGCACUUCAAGCUAGCUUGCCCAGGCAGCCUGUCAGUGUCAGCUUUCCUCGGGUGCCUGGUGGCUGUUACCAAGGAGAAAAUGGAGUUCUGGAGCAAGGGGAGAGCGGCAUAAUGCCAGGGCCUGACGGCGAGGCACUAAGGGUGGGCUCACUGGAUGCGAUAAAGCCACGGUCGUCGGGGAUCCUGAAAAGACCUCAGACCUUGGCCAUUCCAGAUACCGUAACAGGACAGUGUCCAGAAAAUAGCAGAAGAAGAAAUGUAACAUUCAGCCAACAGAAAUACCUGCAAGAUAGGGCCAGGGAUAGGAUUCUCCCAUGAGCUCCUUAUGGCAUUCAUUACAUCUGGUUCCAUCAG